AUGCUGGUUGGAGCUGUAGAUGGAACACGAUCGAGCGGCUGUCCAGCACUCUUAGCAAGCUUGUGGUUGAUUCUGCGUCAACACGCUGUUUACUUCGGAUUCUUCUUCAUUAUGGUAAUAUCUUCCAGCAGCUGUACUACCUCAACCUCGUACGAACACGUGAUCAAGUCGGACAUCGCAAACGCUCAGUUCCGGGGCGAGGAUAACAGUAGAAUCGUCCGAUGGUACAGACUGUACAGCCGCUGCAGUGGCAAGUACCUGCAGAUGUAUAAAUCGUACAUAAAUGCGCGCGGAAAGGCGAAGAGUCCACUGACUCUGCUUCGAGUAGAGACCGACUCAUACGGAAGUCGCAUUCGCAUCCAGAGCAUGUUUUUCGGAAAGUACUUCUGCUUCAACAAGAAAAUGCGUCUGGCCAGUCGGGUGCAUGUCAUGCGGUUUGCUGUUCAUCACGAUGCCACUCGUUUUGAUGUUGCAACCUUGAAUCAAACCCAGGCGGCGUCGGCUCGGCGCGAUGGCACUCGUCGAUGCGGGGCACCGAGCACCGCUGAGGAAAGAAUACACCAACUCGGAGGCUAUGACGACGAACGGAUGAAUGGCGACGACGACGCCGCCGACAGCGGGGCAUCCUUGAACGGCGAUCGGACCGUAAAAUCAUCGCCAAAAAUUGUUGCCUCGGCGUUUAUUGACGGCAUGUCGGGCGGAAAACGCAGUGAGCUUGAAGUGGUCAGCAGGUGGGUCGACGACACUGGCGACGGAGUCGGCGUCGUGGUCGGAUCAUCCCAGUUGGUGCUCUCCUUCGAUGUCGCCAUGUCG